AUGGCCCGGCCGCUGGUACCCAGCUCACAGAAGGCGCUGUUGCUCGAGCUCAAGGGGCUGCAGGAGGAGCCGGUGGAGGGCUUCCGGGUGACCCUAGUGGACGAGGGCGACCUGUACAACUGGGAGGUGGCCAUUUUCGGGCCCCCCAACACCUACUACGAGGGCGGCUACUUUAAGGCACGCCUCAAGUUUCCCAUCGACUACCCUUACUCCCCACCAGCCUUUCGGUUCCUGACCAAGAUGUGGCACCCCAACAUCUAUGAGACAGGGGACGUGUGCAUCUCCAUUCUCCACCCCCCAGUCGAUGACCCCCAGAGCGGUGAGCUGCCCUCGGAGCGGUGGAACCCCACCCAAAAUGUCAGGACCAUCCUCCUGAGCGUCAUCUCCCUCCUCAACGAACCUAACACCUUCUCCCCGGCUAACGUGGACGCCUCUGUGAUGUACAGGAAGUGGAAAGAGAGCAAAGGCAAGGACCGGGAGUACACAGACAUCAUCCGGAAGCAGGUCUUGGGGACCAAGGUGGACGCGGAGCGGGAUGGCGUAAAGGUGCCCACCACGCUGGCUGAGUACUGCGUGAAGACCAAGGCCCCGGCGCCCGACGAGGGCUCGGACCUCUUCUACGAUGACUAUUACGAGGAUGCCGAGGCCGAAGCCGACAGCUGCUUUGGGGACGAUGAGGAUGACUCUGGCAACGAGGAAUCCUGACACCAUGUCCCACGCCGAAUAAACUUACAGAUUUUACCUCACCAGGCCCAGACUCUGUGGGCGCUCGGGCACCUCCUGACGCCGAGACUACCUCAGGGAGGUGGCCCCGCUCUUGCCUUGUCUCCUUGGUCUCGCUUUCCUUUCCCCAUGUUUGUUCUGGGUUUUCCUCUGCUUCAGAGAGGAGGGGCCCCAUUAGUGCUGGGCACCUGGUGGGCCUCGGGGCAAAGGUGGCCUGAGGGGCCCGGACUCCAGCCCUGUCUACUGCCCCACUGGCUGGAGCCAGAAACUUGGGGCUCCCAGCUCAUGAGUGGACAGAUUAACUUGUCAUCACUUCUUCUCUCGGCUUUGGUGUGUUUGGAAUCUAAAUAAAACAACUUUAUGAGAAGCCCAGAGACCAACCUUUCCUUGGCCUCCCCUACAGGGUACAGUGGCCGGGCCUGAUGCCCGCAGCACCUAAGUGUGUGGAGCCCGGGGGCAGGCCUAGCACCUGGGGUGCACUCCUGAGGCUGAGGAUGUGGGCCCAAGGUCCUGAGCCCGAGGCUGAAAACAACCUGCAACCUCCAGCCCUCAGGUGGCUCCACCCUGCUGCCUGCAGAUGCUACACCCAGUGUCACCCAAGCCUCUGACUUUAUUUCUGAGUAACUGAAAAGCCCGGAGCAAGCUGGAUUCAGGGUCCGAUGGUGACAUCAGAGCAAAGGCCCGAGGGAGCUCUGGCCUGACUGGUCCCUGUGGCUGGAGCCUGUAGGACCCCCUCGCAGGUGGUGGACCCCGUAGAGCCUACGCACCUGGUCUGCUUGCUCCACGAAUGCGCCACAGCCCCGGUGCCACAGAUACAGCUUUUAUAGUUGGCCCUCACAAUUUCGUUUGUUAACAUGAAUGAUUUUCCUACAUUAAAAUGUGCGAAGUUUCA